GGAUUAAUAAACCGAACCAGUGGAUUUUCCGCUUGGGGAGGCGUAACUCCUGGAAAGAAACGAAAUAAUGUGCCUAAAAAAGAAAUAAAUGUGAACAUCAAUCGACUUCUAAGUUCAAGUUUGCAGACAUUUCAUAAGAAGACCUCAAAUACUGAAGAUAAAGAUAAAAAAUCAAUCAAUUCUCAAAAUAAAGGAGUUUAUUGUCUAAAAGGAGAUAAAGGGGAUAAAGUAAACGAUGGAUCACCUGGAAAAGACGUUACGUGCAAGCAGAUUGAAUCGAGAAUGAAAAGAUUUGAGACAAAAUUAGAUGCAUUGUCAUUAUACUACAAGAAAGAGAUUGUCCAACUUCGUCAAGAAGUUCACGCAUUAAAAUCAAAUACUUUGCACCCAAUUGGUUCUCAACUUAACCCAGCUAAGUCCUGUAAAGAAAUCUACGAAAUGGAAAGCUUCCCUCCCAGUGGACCGUACUACUUAAAUAUCACAGGAAAUUUAACCAAAGUAUACUGUAUAAUGGAAGAUGGGACAAAAACUUGUCCAGCAGGAUCGACAUUGGUCUUGAAAAUCGAUGGCACUAAGGAUACUUUUGCUUAUUCGUCUCCUUUAUGGACGAAUAAAGAUGUGUGGAAAGAAAAAAAUGGCGAAAUCUUUUUUGCCAAGAGUGAGACAAAACUAUCGACAUAUUGGGGCGUUUCUUUCAAUCAAGUCUGUGUGAUCAUGCAAAGAAUGGAGUCUUUGGUUAACGAAACGAAAUCGUUGGUUAUUCGACAAACAUCUACGUCUUUAUACGACCUUGUCGUUGGUGGUGAGUACCACCCUGUCAAUAAUUCCUGGCAAUUGUGGAAUUCCUUACUUCCUAGUUAUCCCACCCAACCCUCUUGUGUCCGGCAAGGUUUUAAUGCGCAUGAUCAAGCAAAAGAUUUUCUUGGCACACGUAUUGGAAUGAUAUUAAGCAACAACCAAAAUUGUACAUUAUUCGAUUCAUUCAUUGGUUUUGGAACAAAAGGGAGAGAAACCAAGCGCAAUAUCUCUUGUGGUUCUUAUAAUACAACAUUGCAUAAUGCUGUUCCUGGCUUUGGAUACGUAUUUGUUUAUUGACUUAGGUGAAGAUAACCAUAUAUUACGUUUAACGUACUUCUUUAAGAAUUUUUAUUUCAUUAGAAUGAACUAAUCAUAGUGAUACAUAUUAUUUAGAAAAUAAA